AUGGAGCACGAGAAAGCAGUUGCUUUAGUGGUGGGAGCAUCGAGAGGAAUUGGAAGGACCAUCGCAAUAGAUUUGGCAAGGAAUGGAUAUCGAGUUGUCGUCGCUGCAAAGACAACCUCAGAUGCAGCUCGAACCAAGCCUUUUCCUCCCGAUCCCAAUUCUCCACAGUCCACAAUCAAUACUGUCGCUCGCGAGAUUCACGAAGCUGGUGGGGAGGCCACAGCAAUUCCGGUUGAUACAAGGGACUUUGAGAGCGUCACAAACUUGGUGGAUAGCACGGUGAAACUAUAUGGUCGCCUCGAUGUCCUGGUCUACAAUUCUGGAGCCAUAUAUUGGGCAUCUGUUGAGAACACGCCAAUGAAGCGGUUCCAGCUCAUGCAAAGGGUUAACGUUGAAGGCUUAUAUGGCACGAUGCAAGCAGCACUUCCGCACUUCAAAACACAGAACUGGAAAGCUCGCAUCAUCGUCGUGAGCCCGCCGAUCUACUCCCGCUUUUUCCGAGGCAAGACAGCGUAUGCCAUGGGGAAAGUAGGUAUGAGUGUCUUAACCAAGGGAUUGGCUAUGGAUUUCGAGCGUGAAGGGAAAAACGACAUAGCCAUUACAAGUAUAUGGCCUGCGGCGGCAAUAGAAAGCGCCGCAACGCCAGACGCGUCACAUCGCCCUGAGCUUCGCAAACCGACAAUCUUUUCCGACGCAAUAUUGGCGAUGCUUUCGGCUCCUGUUGCCACGGUGAAUGGGAAGUUGGAACUCGAUGAAGACUUUCUUAGAUCCACAGGAGUGUCCGACUUCUCAAAGUAUUCGCUGAUUCCAGGAGCUAACCCCCGACGAAUCAUGCCAGCGAAGUUCCCAGAACUGACAGUCGCCGAGCAAGACGAUGAAGGACGCCGUAUGGACAGUUCUAAACUUCGGCGGGCAAAACUGUAG